UGUGCGCCCGGUCGUCGCCUAGGGCCAGUCGAGCUCUGGGCGUGCCAGAACACGGAAGGUUCUUCGCAGUUCUUCUGCGGUCUACCAGAACGCACCUUCCAUUCAGCGCGCGUGAGGAGGAAAAAUGACAGCGAUACGUUGGAUUUUGCUGCUGUCGGCGUUCGUCUGGCAUUCCGAAGCCAGCUUCAGACGACCGUUCGAGAUCAAACUACAGAACAACGAGUACUCUGACGUGCUGGUCGCCAUCAACAAGGACGUCCCUGAAGAUUACAGGAUCGUGGACAGACUGAAGGAAAUUUUCACCGAGGCGUCCCAAGACUUGUACGUCGCCACCAACAACCGUGCGUUCUUCAAGGAGGUGAAGAUCCUUAUCCCGAACACUUGGUCGAAGAAACCCGAGUACCUUCCGGCCGGGACCGAGACCUUCGAUCGGGCUAACGUCAGAGUGGACGUGCCGAACCCUCUGUACGGGGACAAUCCAUAUGUGCAGCAGAAGGGAGGAUGUGGGGAGGCGGGCGACUACAUGCACCUCACCCCGAGAUACGUGGUGGACAAGGAUUAUGGAGUAAUGUACUGGGGUCCCAAUGGCAAAACGUUCGUCCACGAGUGGGGCCAUCUCCGCUGGGGUCUGUUCGACGAGUACGGGUACGACGAUCCCUCGGGAGAGUCCUACCCGCACUUCUACCGCGCGUCGGUAGGGGGCGUCGAACCCACCCGCUGUUCGGCCAAAGUCGCCGGGUACAGCCAACACAUGGUGACCGGAGCACCCUGUCAGCUGAUCCCACAAACCGGAGUCUACGAGCCCGAGUGCCGUUUCUUUCCGGAUUUCUCCGGAAACCGAGCAACUGCGUCUUACAUGUUCAUGCAUUUCCUUAGCCAAGUGAAAGGUUUCUGCCACAGUGAUCCGGAAGGUGACCCGCUGUCCUACCACAACCGGGAGGCGCCCAACAAGCACAACUCCGUGUGCGGAGGCCAGAGCGCCUGGGACGUCAUGAACAAGCAUCAGGACUUCGCUCGAGGCGCCAACCCGCCCAGGGAGGUCGGCUCCACGGAACCCGACUUCAUCCUGCUGCAGCAGAGCGAGUCGUACAGGGUAGUCCUGGUGCUGGAUGUGUCGGGGAGCAUGCAGGGAGAACCGAUCCGCCGGCUGGUCCAGGUGUCCAGAAGGUUCAUCCGCACGACAGUGGUCACCGGUACCUCGGUGGGCAUCGUCACCUUUUCCGCCGACGCUUCAAUAGAACAUCCGUUAGUGAGAGUGACCUCUCAGGCUGACCGCAGGGGCCUGAUUAACGCUCUACCUAGUAACACUGGAGGUGGCACGUGCAUUGGGUGUGGUCUUCUCAAAGGCGUCGAGGCACUGGAGUCUGUGGGGCCGCCACAAGGGGGCAUCAUUCUCCUUGUCAGUGAUGGCCAGGAAAACCGAGACCCGCGAAUCAGUGACGUGAUACCAGAGCUGCUGAGGAAGAGAGUCAUCGUCGCUACCAUCGCCUACAGCAGGGACGCAGACCCCACGCUGCAGACCCUGGCGCUGCAGACAGGGGGUCUGUCGUUCUUCUCCGCGAUUCGCGACUCCACAGCCUUGGACAACGCCUUCACCGCCACGUUCGAAGCCACAGCUGGAGGCAAGGGAGUGAAGCUAUUGAGCGAAGACAGGACCAUGAGCGGCCGGGAGACCUACUCCAACCAGGUGUACGUGGACAACACCGUGGGGGAGAACACCACGUUUUCUGUCUCCUGGCUGGACGGACGCCAGCCCAGGGUGACGCUGGAGACUCCUCUCGGCUUUGUGAUCACCGAGGGAGACCCAAUGUACGACGUCACAUCGGACACCAUUACCAUUGAGAUACCGGGCACAGCAACGCCAGGGAAGUGGGCCUUCAACAUCACCAACAAUGGCCCCGACGAUCAGAACAUCACCAUCAUCGUGACGUCCAACCCCGUCAACGACAACGAACCCAUCAAAGUGUCCGCCCAGGUCAGUGCCGUGUCCCUGGACUACUCCUCCUCCCAGCCCACGGCGCUCAGGAUCUUCGCGUCGGUGCGGAGGGGGUACCUGCCUGUCAUCGGGGCUGUCGUCAAGGUCCUCAUCGAGAAGCCACCCAGUGGUCAGGCGGAGGAGAUCACGCUCCUGGACAACGGGGCAGGCGCUGACGUAGCGAUGAAUGACGGUGUCUACUCCCGGUACUUCUUCCGCUUCUCCACGAACGGUCGUUACGGAGUUUCCGUCAAGGUGGACAACUCUCAAGGGGAUGCCGGGUACAUCGUCAUCAACCGCGGGCUUGGAGCACCGCCGCUUGACCCAGGUACUGGAUAUAUCGGCGGGGGCGACGUCCAGCAAGAACCAUUGGAGCAGUUCCAACGGAUGACAACAGGCGGCGUGUUUGAGGUACAGGGUGUCCCUAGCGGCGGUGUCUCUACACGGGACAUGCUGCCGCCGUCCCGUGUGGAGGACCUCGCCAUAGUGGAGGUUUCCUACGCUGACGCUACCGUGACGCUGAGUUGGACGGCGCUCGGUGACGACUUCGAUCAGGGAGGGCCAGCCCACUAUGUUGAGAUCCGUUACAGCCGCCAUUUUGACCAGCUCGCAGACGACUUUCACGGCUCGGCUUCAGUCGACCACUCGCAAGUGCUGCAGGGAAGCCUGACGUCACUUCCGGAGCCCGGCUCGGCCAUGACCAUCGUCAUCCUGGUACCAGACCGAGGCCACAACGUCACGUUCGUCUUCGCCCUGCGCAUGUGCGACGAAGCGGACAACUGCGGUGAUCCCUCCAACAUCGUGACGGCAAAUCUCGAGUACAUCCCCGAGCCGGUCUACACCAACGAUACGCUCACCUGGGCCCUUGUUGGCUCAGUGCUUGGUGUGGCCGUUUUGGCCGCUGUCCUGGCUUUGCUCUACCGCAAAGUCUGGCGUUCCAAGUUUAAACCGGCAAAAUCUACCAAGGUAGCCGCCGCUAACGACAAUCCUUCGUAUGUCCCCACUGUGUAAUUCAGCCUUUGUUUCGUGUGUCUUUUUGACUUUUUGUAGAAUGUAUUGCUUGUGUACAUCACUUUGAUUUUAACGACAAUC